CUCGCGCUGCUGAUGUUGACGAACGCUGAAGAACUGACACAUCAUUCACACCGAGUCGCAGACCCUCUGGAGCUUUUAACAAGAAAUCACGGAGGCUUGGACUUCAGAACAGGUGAUCUGUAUUCUGAUUGGCUGCAGGUUGGUUAUGAGGGUCCUUAUAUCAGAAAGAUUUCCAUCACUCAAGAUUCGAUGGUUCAUGGGAGCUAAUGCAUGCGGGACAGCGAUUUGUGUGCAGGGCAGUCGGUGUGAAGCUGUGAUUGAGGUUGCUGUGGGGUGUGCAGUUUCUCACAUUCUGUAGAGGACACACAUACACACACACACUCACUCAAGAGUGUGUGCUAAGCAGACAGCUGAGGGAUUCACUCGCUCGCUGGAGUUGCGCACACAGAAGAUGGAUCUCUUGAGGACUAGCUUGUUUUGGGUCUGUGUGCUGGUCAUUGGGCUUCUGGGACUCGUGGAGGAGAACUUGGUUGUGUGGUGGUCUUCUCAAUCACACCUCACUGACAGCGCAGUCUGAAACACUCACUUCCUGUGUGGCUUGGACAGAGGGCACGUCUCACAUCCCAGAGGAAAAACUGCCUUUCAUCAGCAUUCUCAUCACCUUCUCACCUCUUUUCCUGGGAGGUUUAUUCUCUGAUGGCACUGAUUAAUAAUGGUUGGACUCCUUACAGUUGCUCCGGGAGACUAUAUCACGGCCAUCCAGCUGCACUCGUCUCGAUGGCUGGAGUCCAGAAAAUUGUGACAGACAGCUGGCAGAUGUAGCUCCAAGCUGGAUUUUUGGAGUGUGGGAAAGACAGAGGUGUUGAAGAGAGGAAUAAAAGAGACCAUACAACUAACGUUCUGGACACUAUGCUGCUGAGGAAUUCUGGGAAGGUCGAAGAACAUCGGGAGACAGGAAGUGAUGCGCCGGCUCUACAUCAGCGCUUGCUGUGGUGCUACUGUUACCAUCACUGUCCGGAGGACUCCACUAAUAACACAUGCAGGACGGACGGUUACUGCUUCACCAUGGUGGAGGAAGAGGGUGGAGCGGCUGUGGUGACCUCAGGCUGUCUGGGUCUGGUCGGAUCAGAGUUUCAGUGCCGGGACACGGGGAACUCUAAACAGCGCCGAGCGCUCGAGUGCUGCACAGAUCAGGACUACUGUAACAGAGAUCUACAUCCAACACUGCCUCCUCUAAGAACACCCAGUUACGCAGUGGGAGACAUCCAUCACAUCGCUCUCCUUAUCUCAGUGACGGUCUGUAGCUUCAUCCUCACCUUCAUCCUCCUCUUCUGUUACUUCAGGUAUAAACGUCACGAGCUAGCCCCGCGCUACAGCCUCGGCCUGCAUCCAGACGAGACGUUCAUUCCUCCGGGAGAAUCCCUGCGGGAUCUCAUAGAGCAGUCCCAGAGCUCCGGCUCAGGGUCAGGACUCCCCCUGCUGGUGCAGCGCACUAUAGCCAAGCAGAUCCAGAUGGUGACACAGAUCGGGAAGGGCCGUUAUGGAGAGGUGUGGAUGGGGAGAUGGAGGGGAGAGAAAGUGGCUGUGAAAGUCUUUUUCACCACAGAGGAGGCCAGCUGGUUCAGAGAGACAGAGAUAUAUCAGACUGUCCUCAUGAGACACGAGAAUAUACUCGGGUUCAUAGCGGCUGAUAUUAAAGGCACGGGCUCCUGGACUCAGCUCUACCUCAUCACCGACUACCACGAGAACGGCUCUCUGUAUGACUAUCUCAAAUGCACCACCCUGGACAGCCGGGCCAUGCUGAAACUGGCGUACUCGUCCGUCUCCGGCCUCUGCCAUCUUCACACCGAGAUCUUUGGCACGCAGGGCAAACCGGCCAUCGCCCACAGAGACCUGAAGAGCAAGAACAUCCUGGUGAAGAGGAACGGAGCCUGCUGUAUCGCUGACCUCGGCCUGGCUGUCAAGUUUAUCAGCGACACUAAUGAAGUGGACAUCCCCCUGAACACACGCGUGGGCACCAAACGCUUCAUGGCUCCUGAGGUUCUGGACGAGACUCUGAACAGGAACCAUUUCCAGUCCUACAUCAUGGCUGACAUGUACAGCUUCGGCCUCAUUCUGUGGGAGAUCGCCCGCCGAUGUGUGUCUGGAGGUAUCGUAGAGGAAUAUCAGCUUCCGUACCACGAUCACGUUCCUAAUGACCCGUCGUAUGAAGACAUGCGAGAGGUUGUGUGUAUGAAGAGAAUACGUCCGUCUUUCCCUAACCGCUGGAGCAGUGACGAGUGUUUGAGGCAGAUGGGGAAGCUCAUGACGGAGUGUUGGGCUCAUAAUCCGGCCUCUCGUCUCACCGCCCUGCGUGUUAAAAAGACGCUGGCCAAGAUGUCCGAGUCCCAGGACAUUAAAGUCUGAGAACCGACCAGCAGCACUGACACUAACCCUGAACUCACGCCAGAGCCUCCUGCAAACGACCCGACCGCAGCAGAGGACGCCCGAGAUCUGAUGUGAUCCAGCCGGUCCUGCUGCGUAACACGAGCACCUGCGAACACUGGACAGCGGGACCAAGCCAGAUCACAUGACUCUCCUCCUUUCUCUUUCCACAGUCUGUUCAGCUCCAACAGGACCAUGGUUUUGGAUCGGUUGCAGAUUUGUGUUGUCAGUCAGUCAACAACUUUUAACACGUUUCCCGCCUUUUUUGGUGGACUGUGCCUUAUUUAUUUUGUAAAUAGAUGAAAAUGUGAGUGAAGCUUCAAUGUACUUGAAUAAAUGAUCUAAUGAGAAUGA